AUGUCAUUUCAUCACCUUCAUCAUCAUCAUCUUGCCGAAAAUUCCUGGCAGGAUCGCUCGAAUCAUUUUGCUAAUAAUUCAAAUGCAUCGAAUAAUUCCGAACGAUCGACUAGUCAAACAUCAUCGCUGCCAAUACCAUCAUCCUCGAAUUCAGGUGUCGUUGAUUUUCAACCACCGUAUUUUCCACCGCCAUUUCCAGGUGUAUCACAUCAGCAUCCAUUUGAUCAAAUUCAAUCAAAUCAUUCACAUAAUCUUGAUUAUACGUCAUCAUCAUCGCCACCGUUUGCAAACAACCAGACAUCGCAAUCUUAUAAUUCAUUAGUUCGACCAUCAGGUGUAAAUAUUGAUGAGACAACAACAUCAUUAACUCAUCCGUACGGUGCCUAUGCCGAAUAUGCCGCUUCGUACUAUAGUCGACAUGCAAUGGUACUCGAUCCUGAAUCAUUACAACUCUAUCGCAGCGGUCUGCUAGCUAGUGAUCCAUCGAGUACAGCAGCUUUUCGAGUUCCUGGUUUGGAUGAUAAUGUUCCACCGGCAUUAUCCGAGCAUUAUCGAGCGUCAUUUCAUCGAGAUUUACGUCGUGGAGAUACCAAAGAAGGUAUUCAGUUGAAUUUAGGUGUUGGAAAUGGUCCCAUCGCUCCAACAGAUGUGUUCUGUAGCGUACCAGGACGGUUAUCAUUACUGAGUUCGAAUUCUAAGUAUAAAGUCAGUGUUGCUGAGGUUCAACGGCGUCUUUCACCACCUGAAUGUCUCAAUGCAUCGUUAUUAGGUGGUAUUCUACGAAGAGCAAAAUCGAAAAAUGGAGGACGAAUUUUACGUGAAAAGUUAGAAAAGAUUGGUGUAAAUUUACCCGCUGGUCGACGUAAAGCAGCAACAGUUACUUUGCUAACGUCGCUUGUCGAAGGUGAAGCUGCACAUUUAGCACGCGAUUUUCAUUACGUAUGUGAUCAAGAAUUCCCCGCUCGUUCUUGCGCAGAAUAUCAAACUCGUCAGCAUCAUAAUACUCAUCAUCUACAAGAACCAGCCGGAAUUAGUAAACGUAAACAGAACAUUCUUGCUGCAAAACAUUUAAUCAAGGAAUUCACCGAUUUGCUAGCUCAAGAUCGUUCACCAUUAGGAACGAAUAGUCGUUUAGCACCUGUUCUCGACGUUUCAAUUCAACGACAUUUAACACAUUUUUCUCAUGUGACCCAUGGCUUUGGUACACCGGCGAUCAUAGGAGCGAUGUCUGCUUUACAAAAUUAUCUGACGGAGAUGAGCAAAGUAUGUGACAAACCCAUGACGAAUUCCAUGGAAAAUAAAAAGGAUCUUGAACAUUUAAAUGACAAAGCUCGAUAG